CAGUCACACACUCACACACUCUCACUCUCUCUCUGUCUCUGUUCCAAACCUUUACCCGGGUCUAAACAUACAAACAACAACACGAGAAACAGAUCGGAUAAUCUGACACGGAUUAAGAAGGAGUCCACACAGGUGAGGUGAAGACGAGGACAAGAUCUGCAUCUACUCCCCCUAUCCGUCCAUCAACACUCCAAGGACCUUGGUGCCGGGCAUCCACAGGUCAACUCAACCAUGAUGGGUGCCAAACAAUAAAAAGUCUUGACCCAGUGUCCCCUCAGACGGACUGCACAGAGCAAAUAUUUGAGGCCAUUAUAUCCCAUUUCUCCGGCAGCUGUCACUGCAAAGAUCAACAGUGAAGGGUGUUGUUGGGAGAUAAAAAGAGAGAAGAAAAAGCGGGGGAGUAAAAAGUAACCCUUUCACAGGGCGCACACUGUGCUAUUUCUGCCACGCUGCGGGCAGAGAGCGUCUCGUUUGGGAGUGCUCAGAAAAAGCACUUCCCUUGCCCUUCCUUCAGAUCCAAAAACCUGAGUAAAUACUGGACAGAGAUAUCCAUUUGUCUGGGCUCGAACAAAGACACUGACUGCAUGCUAUCUAUAGAAAACAUUACAACAGACGUGGACUCUUUGCACUCAUCUGUUACUCUCCAAGGAAUAUUCAAGGACGAGGAGAACUGGAAUGACAGCUGUCAGACUUUUCUUCCUUUUCAAACACCACCACUAGAAAUCUUCUGUGGGCUAACAGCAGCUUUAUCACUGAGGGGCUCCACUUUCAGUUUUGAUGUCUUUCCCAGCUUGGUGAGCCAACAUGAAGCCUCUUACACCAAUUGGAUCCCCGUCUCCUCUGAGGCUCCUCAACAAGGGUCCGGAUUACCUGCGCAGGCAGAUUGACGGUGGUGGUCAUGGUCGCUCCAUCAGCGCAGUGGAGAGGCUGGAGGCGGACAAAGCCAAAUAUGUAAAGACCCAACAGGUCAUCAACACCAAGCAGGAGCCUGUCCUGGUGCCCUGUGCCACACCACCACCACAGCCACGGCGAGGCAUCGCCAUUCCAGGAAGUCCGACCCUUCAUCUUCCCCCUCGCCAGUCAUCCAACACUCCCUUCUCCACACUCUCUGGCUCCUCACGAGAUGAAAACGAGAACUACGACUCCAGGAAGGAGAACAGACGGACUUCUCUCGACACUGAUGUGCACAACAGGAGUAACGUGAAGAAUGGAAUACCUCUGAGCCCCAGGACUCCUGGAGUCAACACCUUUGUUGCACCACAUAGUGCUCCUGUUCUCAGAAGAAGCACAGGCAAACGUAUGCUGAGGCCGGACUCCCUUGUCAUCUACCGGCAAAAGAAAGAGUGCAAAAGCCCCAGUGGCAGCGCAGUGGGUGAGAACAAUAACAUGGACUUAAAGGGGUACAGCUUCGUCCGGCGCCUGUUUCAGGGCUCCAUGUGGGAGAAGAGCAGUGGAGGUGAAAGUAGAAUUCAGAAAAUGGUGAUCAGUGAAGAAAAAUUGCGGGAUGGAGACUCCCGCAUGUCUUGGACCAAUGACAAAGACGUGAUGGAUGGCGCACCAGGAAGCAGAAGGUCGAGUAAAACUGACCAAGAACGCAGUCAGGGUUCAAUCCCCAGCCCUGGAUUUAGCUGCACACUUGAAUUGACUAAAAACGGAUUUGCAAAUAGUUCCAAUGAUGAGGUCAACAAUGGUGUUAUCAAUGGGAACCAGUCCAGCAACCACCACGACGAAAAUGACCCGUGGAAGCGGGCAUCACCGCCGCCAAUACCCAGGCGGAGAUUUGGGGCGCUGCAUCGCUCCAAGUCGGACCUGUAUCUGCGCUGCUCUGUGGCAUUAUCAGAGCAGGAGCAUUUCUUUGACUUCUGUGGCCUGGAUGUGGACAUGAUCGAGCGUCUGGGUCGACAGAAUUUCCUCUCUGGUGCCAGCUCCAUAGACACACUCUCACUGGCCCUCCGCAGUGUUGGCGGAGACGGUUGUGGUGGGUCGGAGCCCAGCGAGUUCUCCCGUCACUCGGGAGAUGGCCUGUUUCAGGACGAGCUGACUGAGCAGCUUCCGACUGGUGUGUCGAUCAUAGAGCGAAACGCUCGUGUCAUAAAGUGGCUUUAUGGUUGUAAGAACGCUGUUAAAGAAGGACCCAAAGAGUCGACGGUUUAGUGUGAGCUUAAGGAACAAUGUGCCAUGGAGUGUUGAGAAUCUGCAAGUGUUAUUGUCUUUCCAUCAUCAUCUAGUUAGAUUCUGCCUUUCUUGCUGAGGAGCAGGGAGAAGGAGCAGUGACUCGCCACAGAAUUUCACUGUUGAACUCCACAAAUAACAUUCAGAAUGGGCUAUGAUUAGCAACUGCACUGCAACACAGACGGGGGGAAAAGUAGGUCUUGUUGCUAUUUUUGAAGUGGCGGAGCUUUGCUGGGCAAAGCUGUUGUGAAGUUUUCCCUUUAAAGUUCCUGUAAAGCACUAAAACAAUGUGCUCUACUGAUCACACUGUUUCAUUAACCGCUCAGCCAAAUUUGAAUAAUUAUGAAAAUGACAAGGUACAUAAAAUCAUGUCAUUGUUUUAACCUCUUACAGUAACACUAGUAACUGAUUAUAGCAAAUCCAGCAUAUACACUUUCAUCAAUAUGGACAUGCUAUAGCUUGUUAGCAUGUGUAGAAACUUUUCAAAUACACACUACACUGCAGCAGCUAGCAACUAAGUCACAAAAACACACAGUGUGAUUGUUAGCUUCAUGCUAACAACAAGCUUAUGCUUCCACCCAAAUGUUACUGAACUAGCAGCAGAGGAAAAAUAACAACUUGUAAGUUUUUUUUGGCAUCAUAACUCACAAUGCUGCUCUUUCUUGCUAGCAUACUUUCUUUUAGCCACAAUUAGCCUAUAGUGGUGGUUCAAGUGAAUCUUGAAGUUAAAUCCUGAACCAAAAAGUGAUGAAAUUCAUACUUCACUUUGUUUUCUCUUAAUUUUCUAAUAUGUAUAACCUGAAUAAUUUUACAGGGACUUUAAAUGUCACAUGGUCAGCGACAGUGGUCGUAGUUUCAGCUGCUAAUGUCUGCACUCAGGGUUUAGAAUUCCAUGGCACAUAGUUUGUUUCUGACUCGCUACUCCAAAGAGAGCUGAGAGGACAACAACUCACGACUUAUCUUGUGUCAAAUUGAUAUAAAUAUUGUAUUUAUAAAUCCUGUGGAAGUAUUGUGUGGGUAGAGACUGAACUUAACUUUUUUAUCCCCUUGUAUUUGUACGUGUGUGUGUGUGUGUGUGUGUGUGUGGUGCUGUCCUCUCCAUUUGUCUGCUACAUCCACGCGACUACGUUUUUAUUGAAAAAAUAAUAACUGCGCUUCAGUCUGGACAGACUAUGAUCCGUCAUGACCUGACUAAAUGUGUUUUGUAACAUAUCAUUACUGGCAACUAUGCUAGUAAUGAUAUGCUAGCAUUUAUAUGCUAGUAUUAGCAUUAGGAGCUAACUUCACCUACUCAUAGUUAGCAACUUCCUCGCUAAUGUCAGAUAAACGCUGCAUCACAAAAUUCUCCAGUUUAAAUAUUUUCAUAAAAUUGUUACAUUUUUGCCACAUGUGGUUGACGUGAAAUUUCAUGAUGCUGUUUCUUGCUCGUCAUCUUUUCUAAAAUCUGGGCCUCCCAACAAUCAUGGGUGUCUUCCUUUACGAAUUUAGGCUGAUUUGAACAGAUUAUCUGGCCAAAUGAUCCUGUAGUGUGAGGGAUUAACAGACGCGCGCUUAAGGUCAUCAGUUAUUUUUGCGUCUCUCAGCCGACAGCCCGCCUCCAUGUCCGGUUAAAUUCUGAAGUUUCUGUGAGAUCCUAAAUCCUUGGAAUCUCCUCCCUGAAAGUGUGUGGUCCUGCAUCUUGACUGGAUCGUCUAGUCUGUGCUUCCUCAGGAUGAAAACAUUGAAAAUGGGUGAUGGCUGUGGUUUUAAUACGUUUUUAAAACCAGGUUAGAUUAGGAUUAGGUGCACACGUUUACCUGUGAUAGUGCAGAUUAUUUCUGAAAUGGAGCAAAAAUACUCGUCUGGACGGGGAUUAUUUUCGUCGUAGUUUGGAUGGAGUUGACUCAGCACCACUCUCUCCAUUAAUGACUCAUUUAAAAUGGAAAACCACUAAGCUAUGCAUUGCUUUUUCUGUUGUUGUGUGAGUGUGAAGUGAACCAUGAGUACCUCAGUCCGAUCUGUCCCAGUUUAGUUUGUGUGUGUUGCCUUUUCUUUCUUUUUUUGAACUCAACUUAAACGCAGGCGUUGGAACAAACAUGUGAGCGGCGCCCCCUGUGGGGCUGUUAAUGCACUGGACUGGACACGAAAAUGAAAGAGAAAGAGAUUCUAAAAACACUGAGCUGGAUUCAAAAAGGAGCAUCUGUUUCAAGGAGGCCAUGUCUGGCCACUACAUGUCCCUCAUUUUCAUCUCAUUGUUGCUUAAAAAAGGGUCGAUGACGACCCGGCACACAUACACUGUCCAAUAAUGCCUGUGACACGGUCAUUGAUUAACACAGAGAGUUGCUGUGGAAACGAGGGAAGAUGGAAGAGUGAGCGCAACACUGGACGUUGGAAAGCAUUUAAAGGUCCAAUAUGCAAUACUUGAGCGCCACACAAACCAAAAAAAAAAAUGUAAAUUUUACAUUGACAGCCUUUUUUUUUUACUGGAAACUAAAGUUUGUAAAGUGUCUCGUCUCCCACACCAAACUCUUUAAGCUCUCAGGGACACAGGAGCUGCUCCUCACUGCUGCUGGUGAUGCUGUGAUGUAAAAAUGACAUGUCAAACCCAUUCCUGUGAUAUUAUAAACUCAAGAUAACAUGGAUUUUAUUAGGUCCACAAACCAAAAAUAUUCAAUUUAGUGUCAAAGAGGAGUCAAAGUGCAGAAAAUCCAUAAACAGGCUUGAGUUUCAGCCACUAAAGACGAAGCUUCACAUCAUGUAUGCACAUCUUUACAGAUGUUUAAGCCCCGCCCAUCCAGCUGAGUCCACUCAGGUCUCUGAUAACAUCACUGAUUCUCAGUGUGUGAUGAGCGCGGCACAUGCUUCAAACGCCUCCUUUAACUGGACUCUUUUAUUUUGUCAUCUCCCUGUUAAAAACCGCUCGGUUGCAUGUUUACAAUGUGAAUCUCUUUCUUCUUCUGUUUUCAUAUAUAUUUACAUUUAGAAGAGAUUUGGAUUUUUAUUCCAAAGAUAUAAAGUGUGUAUGCCGUUAUACAGCAAAUAAAAACACAUGAAGAAA